AUAUUUAUCUCGUUUUAAAACAAAUUUAUGAUCAUAGAUGUAGUACAUUUAUCAUUAGAGAGAAAGAGAAAAGGUAUGGAAGGAUCAACUGUGAAGAACCAAUUACAGCACUCGAACGGAACAAGUGCAAAUGAAUGUAAACAUAUUGCAAAAGCACGUCAGGAAUGUGAGGAACAUUGCGAAAAUCGCCAAAAAAAGUCGCAAUUUGAAUCAGUACUAAUAAAACAAAGCUAUAGAAUCUCUGUUUAAAUAUCAUUGACUUUUCCUUCAACGGAGAACAUAAGAAAAAAAUUGUAUUGACUUGCAAUCACUUGUACAUAUAAAAUCUCUAUUAAUUUAAGAAGAUACGACAUGAAAGUCAUAAAAGGAAACUGGAACACUCUUCUGAGUAAUUACGAGGUUUUGGAUAUUUUGCAAAAUACGAAAUGUUCUUACAAGAAACAAAAGAUGAAUCAGCUUGCAACCAUCACUUAUCAGACAAUCAAGUAUCUAGAAGACACACCGUGUAAGAAGCAGAAUCCAGAGAAAAUCCGAGAGUUUCUGAGAGCCAUGGAGCCUAUCAAAUUAACUAAGGCUGAGAAGCUCACUCUUCUCAAUCUUUGUCCUACUACACCUCUCGAGAUUCAAUUGAUAGUGGAAGAGAGCGAGGAACGAUUAUCAGAGGAAGAGGUGAACACUGUGCUUCAAAUCGUCGCGAAUGUGCGAGGAAAUGAGGAAGACACAGAACAAGAAACCUAAUU